AUGUCGAAAGUUGUUUGGACAAGUAGCGCUAGACCUCAUUCUGCUGGAUCAGACUUCAAUCAAGGAGGAGAUGGUGAGGGUAGGAAAAUUGGGCGAAAAUAUGUCGCAGAUCCUGUCACUGGAAUAGUAAUAUCUGAUUAUGAAACUUUCUCAUAUCAAUCUCAAUCGAAUAAAAACGAGAUAUGUGGAAAAUUAAAAUCUUCAAACCUUGUCAUACCUCUUGACAUCUCUUAA